GUUUACAUUAAUUAUAUAAAGUACCUAGGUAUCGUGUCAUCGAUAACAUUAUAGGUUGCAUGAAAUAAAUUGGUACUCUAAUAGAUAUUUAAUAUCUUCCUGAAUAUUAAUAAAUAAUAUCUAAUAUUAACUAAAAAAAAUUGUAUGUACCUAGGUUAUACUUUCUCAGUUUUCUUUUUUCCUAUUUAUCUCGUUACAGUUAUUGUAGUGUAGCAGAUUUAAUUAAAUCUUUUAUAUCUUUUCACAUCAGAAUUACAAUUGCUUUUCCAUUGUUUCAAUAAAGCAAACAUGAAUUCUGAAAGUAAAUAACUUCAUUAAUGUUUGUUUAGAGCUAACAAGCAUAAGUGUAAAGUACCCGGAGUAUUAUACCACUCUGGUGUAAAGCAACUAGUCAUAUUUCAAACAUGAUUAUAUGUUGUUUAGCAAGAAAAAUAAACAUUUUUAAGAAGCAAAAGCAAGGGAUGGAGAUUCGGCCAGAGAAGGAAGAGGAGGUGAGGCAGAUUCGAGAGCUGACGCUGGAACACGGCGAGCACAAGGAUGCUACCCUUUAUCGAUUCGAAAAAGGUUAUUACGUACAUUUCGUGCCGGGGCCGAGCCUCGUGGGCCGAAAAGUAUACGUCUACACAAACUACGUGGUGACCGAAAAUCCCGAGGAGGCGGGCGAGCAGGCGGAGUUCGUCCGCAACCAGUACUACCCCCUGGAGUGGCGCCGCGCGGGCGGGGCCGGCGGGGCGGGCGAGCCGCUCGGCGCCGGCGCGCUGCUCACCGACACCGACGUGUACUGCGAGCUGCGCGUGGCGCGCGCCGGCCCCUUCCACUACUACUUCGUGUACGACAACCCGGAGUCGCGCGUGGGCCCUGCGGGCUCGGGCUGGUUCGCCGUGAGCCCUAUGCUGCGCGCGGGCGGCGCCGCGCUGCCGCUGGACGGCGUGGCGUGCCAGACCGUGCUGGCCAAGUGCCUGGGCCCGCUGCCGCGCUGGGAGCGCGUGCUGCGCGUGGCGCACGAGGCCGGCUACAACAUGCUGCACUUCACGCCCGUGCAGGAACUGGGAGCGUCAGAUUCGAGCUACAGCAUCAUGGAUCAGUUGAAACUGAAUCCGCGAUUUAACGACCCCGAAACGGGACGCGAAGCGACGUAUGAAGAUGUUGAAAAAUUAAUCUCCAAAAUGGAAAACGAUUGGAAGAUGCUGUCGAUCGGCGACGUGGUGCUGAACCACACGGCCAACGAGACGGCGUGGCUGGCGGAGCACCCCGAGGCGGCCUACAACGUGCGCGACUGCCCGCACCUGCGGCCCGCCGCGCUGCUGGACGCGGCGCUGGCGCGCUGCUCCGCGCGGCUGGCGGCGGGCCUGCUGCCCGGCCUGCCGCGUGACGUCACCGAGCCGCAGCACGUGGACGCGCUGCGCCGGGCGCUGCAGGACCACGUGCUGCCCGAGCUGCGGCUGGAGGACAUGGUCACGUGCGACGUCGACCGCCUCGUGCAGCGCUACGAGGAGCUCGCGCGCAACAAGCUGCCGCGUGAGGCGAGCCCGGCGGGCGCGCUGCGGCUGGCGGCCGACCCGCAGCGCCGGCGCCGCGCCGCCACAGUGGACAUGGACCUCGCGCUCGCGCUCUACAACACGCACGGGGCGGAGGCGGAGGCGGAGGCGGAGCAGCGCGUGGCGCGCGGCGCGGCGCGGCUGCGCGCCGAGCUGGAGCGGCUCAACGCGCUCGCCGCCGCCGAGAUGCGCGACGCGCUGCACCACGCGCUCGACAACCUCGUCGCCGGCAUAAGGUACGAGCGGCUGCAGAGCGACGGGCCGCGCGUGCGCGAGCUGAGCGCCGCGCGCCCGCUGGCGCCGCGCUACUUCACCGCGCCGCGCGCCGACCCCGCCGCGCCGCUGCACGAGCUGGAGGCCGCCAUCUACGGGGACGACGGGCGCUACGUGAUGGCGCACAACGGCUGGGUGAUGGGCGCCGACCCGCUGCAGGACUUCGCGGCGCGCGAGCACGACGGCCGCGUGUACCUGCGCCGCGAGCUCAUCGCCUGGGGCGACAGCGUCAAGCUGAGGUACGGCGCGCGGCCCGAGGACAGCGCGUUCCUGUGGGCGCACAUGCGGCGCUACGUGGAGCGCAGCGCGGCGCUGUUCCACGGCCUGCGCCUCGACAACUGCCACUCCACGCCGCUGCACGUGGCGGAGUACAUGCUGGACUGCGCGCGCGCGGUGAGACCCGACCUGUACGUGGUGGCCGAGCUGUUCACCAACUCCGACCACGUCGACAACAUCUUCGUCAACCGCCUCGGCAUCACCUCGCUCAUCAGAGAGGCGCAGAGCGCGUGGGACGCGCACGAGCAGGGCCGGCAGCUGCACCGGUUCGGCGCGCGCGCCGCCGGCGCCCCGCCCCGCGCCGCGCGCCGCCCCGCGCGCCCCCGCGUCGCGCGCGCGCUGCUGCUGGACCUCACGCACGACAACCCCAGCCCGCUGGCGCGCCGCUCGCUGUUCGACGUGCUGCCCACGGCCGCGCUGGUGGCGGCGGCCGCCUGCGGCACCGGCUCCACGCGCGGCCUGGACGACCUCGUGCCGCACCACAUCCACGUGGUGGAGGAGCAGCGGCUGUACCCGGGCUGGGCGGAGCCGGGCGAGCGGGCGGGCGACGAGCCGGCCGUGGGCGCGGCCAGCGGGCUGGUGGCCGCGCGCCGCGAGCUCAACCGCCUGCACCGCCAGCUCGCCGCCGACGGCUACUGCGAGCUGUUCGUCGACCAGAUGGACCCCGACGUGCUGGCCGUCACGCGCCACCACCCCGUCACGCGCAAGUCGGUGAUCGUGGUGGCGCGCACGGCGUUCGCGGCGCCCGAGCCGGCGUGCGGCGGGCGCGAGCUGCGGCCGCUGCGCGUGCAGGGCCACUCGGUGAUCGUGGUGGCGCGCACGGCGUUCGCGGCGCCCGAGCCGGCGUGCGGCGGGCGCGAGCUGCGGCCGCUGCGCGUGCAGGGCCACUCGGUGAUCGUGGUGGCGCGCACGGCGUUCGCGGCGCCCGAGCCGGCGUGCGGCGGGCGCGAGCUGCGGCCGCUGCGCGUGCAGGGCCACGUGGCCGCCGUCGCGCUGGAGGCGCGCCUAAGGCACCGUCUGCACCUGAGCACCGGGCGGCCGUAUGAGCCUCCCGGGGAACACGUGCGCCACCCCAAGUACAUCAACGGGCUCGCCGACUAUGAGCUGGAGCUGCGCACGGACGUGCCGCUGGCCGAGUCCGGCGUGUUCGCGGGCUCGCGGCUCGACGGCGACGUCACCGAGCUGGCGUUCCGGCCGCUGGCGCCCGGCGCCGUGGCCGUGCUGCGCGUGGCGCCGCUGGGCCCGCACGCCGCCGCGCUCACCGCGCUGGCGCCGCUGCUGCGCCCCGCGCCCCAGGCCGACCCGCUGCAGCUGGCGCCGCUGCUGGCCGACCUCGACCUGCCCGACUUCCACGUGCUGCUCUACUGCUGCGACGCCGAGGAGCGCGAGCGCGCCGGCGGCGUGUACGACGUGCCCGGCCACGGCCCGCUCGUGUACGCGGGCCUGCAGGGCGUGGCGUCCGCGCUCGAGCCCAUCGCGCGCGACGACGACCUCGGUCACCCGCUGUGCGCCAACCUGCGCGCCGGCGACUGGCUGCUCGAGUACCAGUGGCGGCGCCUCGAGGGCGACCCGCGCCUGGCCGGCGUGGCGGCGCGCUACCGCGAGGCGCUGCGGCCCGUGACCGAGCUGCCGCGCUUCCUCGUGCCGGCCUACUUCAUCGCGGUGGUGCGCGCGCUGCACGCGGCCGUGCGCGGCGCGGCGCUGGCGCGGCUGGGCGGCGCCGCGCGCGGCUCCCGCUUCGCGCAGGAGCUGGCGCUCACGAGCGUGCAGCUGGCGGGCGCGGUGCCGUCGGCGCGCCUGCCGGCGGCGGGCCCCGCGGCGCGCUGCUCGCUGUCGGCGGGCCUGCCGCACUUCGCCACGGGCUACAUGCGCUGCUGGGGCCGCGACACGUUCGUCUCGCUGCGCGGGCUGUUCCUGCUGACGGGGCGCUACGAGGACGCCCGCGCGCACAUCCUCGGCUUCGCGGCGUGCCUGCGCCACGGGCUCAUCCCCAACCUGCUGGACGGCGGCCUCAACGCGAGGUACAACUGCCGGGACGCCGUCUGGUGGUGGCUGCAGAGCAUCCAACAGUACGUGUCGCACGUGCCGGGCGGCGGGUCGCUGCUGGGCGAGGCGGUGGCGCGGCUGUGGCCGGCGGCCGGCGCGCCGCGCGACCAGCCGCUGCACGACGUGGUGCAGGAGGCGCUCGACACGCACUUCCAGGGGCUAGUGUUCCGCGAGCGUAACGCCGGGCGGCAGAUCGACGCGCACAUGACCGACAAGGGCUUCAACGUGCAGAUCGGCAUCGACCCCGAGACCGGGUUCCCGUUCGGCGGCAACGAGGCCAACUGCGGCACGUGGAUGGACAAGAUGGGCUCGUCGGACGCGGCCGGCACGCGCGGCCGGCCCGCCACGCCGCGCGACGGCAGCGCCGUGGAGCUGGUGGGGCUGGCCUACAGCGCGGCCGCCUGGCUGGCGCGCGAGCACCGCGCGGCGCGCUACCCGUACCCGGGCGUGGCGCGGCGCCACCGGGACGGCGCCCUCACCGCCUGGACGUGGGCGCAGUGGGCCGAGCGCCUGCGCCGCGCCUUCGAGCGCCACUUCUGGGUGCCGCCCGCGCCCGGCGCCGCCGACGCGCGCCCCGACCUCGUGCACCGCCGCGCCAUCUACAAGGACUCGCACGGCGCCUCGCAGCCCUGGGCCGACUACCAGCUGCGCUGCAACUUCCCCGUCGCGAUGGUCGUCGCGCCCGACCUGUUCGACCCGAAGCACGCGUGGCUCGCGCUCGACAACGUGGAGCGGCUGCUGCUCGGCCCGCUCGGCGUCAAGACGCUCGACCCGGCCGACUGGGCCUACCGCGGCGACUACGACAACUCGAACGACGGCACCGACCCGAGCGUCGCGCACGGCUUCAACUACCACCAGGGGCCCGAGUGGCUUUGGCCCGUCGGUUUCUACUUGCGCGCGCGACUCGUCUUCGCGCAGGCGAACGGCUGCCACGCGCGCACCGUCGCCGCCACGUACGCGGCCCUCGCGCCACGUGGCCGGCUGCGCGCGAGCCCGUGGCGCGGCCUGCCCGAGCUGACGAACGCGGGCGGCGCCUUCUGCCGCGACUCGUGCCGCACGCAGGCGUGGAGCUCGGCCUGCGUGCUGGAGGCGCUGCACGACGCCGAGCAGGCGCGGCGCGCGCGCCCGCUGCCCGCCGACUGACGCGCCCGCGUGCGGCGCCUGCGCCACGCGCCGCGCGCGCCGUCCCCGCGCCGCCUGUACGCCGCGCCGUACG